AUGCCCAAUAAAGAGUUUGUAGAUGAACAAGAGAAAAUGUACAAGUUGCCGCCCGAGCAGUUGGAUCCCGAUAUGUCCAAGCGCACUAAUAUGUUUAACGUGAGACACUUUGAGGUGCAAUCCGUUCAACUUAAUUUCGGCCCUCAACACCCUGCCGCCCACGGUGUACUUAGGCUGAUUAUGGAGUUGGACGGUGAGCUUGUCAUUCGCUUAGAUCCCCACGUUGGGUUUCUUCAUCGAGGCACGGAAAAACUCAUGGAAUAUAAAACCUACACACAAAAUCUCCCUUAUGUGGAUCGACUUGAUUAUUUUAGUAUGAUGUCCAGCGAACAAUGCUAUUCACUGGCUGUUGAAAAGCUACUUGGUAUCGAUAUUCCUCCGCGUGCCAAAUAUAUUCGCACAAUGUUCGCGGAGGUAACCAGAAUCCUAAACCACUGCUGUGCUCUCGGUGCUAAUAUUCUUGACAUGGGUGCUAUCACGCCAUUCUUCUGGUUGUUCGAGGAGCGUGAGAAGCUGUUGGAAAUGUACGAACGCGCGUCCGGAGCACGUUUUCACGCCGCCUACGUUCGCCCAGGUGGAGUCAGCCUCGAUAUUCCUCUGGGCUUCAUGCAGGACCUUUACGAAAUCAUAGAGAAACUGCCACAACGUCUUGAUGAGAUAGAAGAUUUGCUUCUAACCAAUCCAUUGUGGACUCAUCGUACCCAGGGCAUUGGUGUCGUUUCGGCCCAGGACGCCAUCGAUUUGGGCUUCACUGGCGUCAUGCUCCGAGGUUCUGGUGUCCAGUGGGAUCUUCGUAAGACGCAGCCCUACGAUGCUUACGAAGACAUGGAUUUUGACGUCCCAAUUGGUGUCAACGGUGAUGUGUACGAUAGGUUUAUGAUACGGAUUGAGGAAAUGCGUCAGUCCUGUCGCAUUAUCCAUCAAUGCCUCAACAAGAUGCCGCCAGGCGAAGUGAGAAUCGACGACGCCAAAAUUGUGCCACCCAGACGAGCGGAAAUGAAGAAUUCAAUGGAGGCCCUCAUUCACCACUUUAAACUCUUCACUGAGGGCUACAAUGUUCCUCCCGGUGUCACCUACACGGCAGUUGAGGCUCCAAAGGGCGAAUUCGGUGUCUACAUGGUGUCCGACGGAAGCAACAUUCCCUACCGUUGCAAGCUGCGCACCCCUAGCUUCGCACACUUGGCGGCUGCCAAUAAACUCUGCAAGGGCUUCUUAUUGGCUGAUGUUGUUUCAGUUCUGGGUAGGUCUUGCUCCCUCUCUUCCGUAUCCCAUUAG